CAGCCGAAACGCACGACGUAGCCGCAUUCGAUUUCGGCAGGUGUGUGCACGUGGCGGAAUACAACACCUCCAGCACCGGGAUGGUUACUGGGGUCUGGCCGGGGGUCUAGGCUUGUUUGCAACACAAGAACGUGAAAGAGCAAUCCAACAGCACAAACAGCACAAACAGCACACUCCAACACAGUCAAUGAGACGUCUGGUGAUUGUUUUUCUCUUGCUUCUCCUCCUUCCUUUUGCCUCUGCCCACUCGGGCCACGCCGGUGCUGAAGACACUCCCACACAGCUCUUUGAAAAGUGUCCUCCAGACUUGAGCUGGCAGCAAUGGCAUAUGAUCCAGGAACACAACAUCCAGGACUUUGACCCUGAGUCCUUCUUUCAUUUGCACGUUUCCUCCGACAAAUCGCAUCUCCUUGAGAAGGACAUUCUCAACAUGUAUGGCUUGCUUCGGGACAAGGUCGUUGGAAAGGGCGAUGGAAUGGGCAAACACGACGAUUCUGAGGGAAUCUCCGAAGACGAAAAACAUCUCAUUCUAACCAAGGUUCUUAACUUGAUCGAUCUCAAUAAUGACAGGAAAAUCUCAUUCAAUGAAUGGUUGAAUUUUAUCAACAACAAUGGCAAUUUACCCGAUUUUGGCGUUGGUCCAGGCCAUCACUCUGAUGACUUUGAAUACGAAUAUGAAGUCCAUCACUGGAACAAAUACCACCAAGAUGACGAUCCCGAUGUCAAAAUCCUACACAAGGAAGACAUUGAACAUGAACUACUCCACCACGAACACGAUAUCGACCAUGCCUAUACAGAACAAGAUACUCAAAACCUCAAUAUCGACUCAAAAGACCCUCCCGAUAACGAUAUCAAUAACAAUACUCCCAAACAUAAGGUCAUCAAAAUCAACGACAGCUAUUUAAACACCUUAAUCAAUCUAUAUAACAUCCCUACAAAAUAUCUCUUUUAAAAGUUUAUGCAUCUUUAUCUUCAGGUCCUCUUUAGUCUUCUUGUCUUUAAUUCUAGUACUAUUGAUUAUUAUAAUUAAUGUCUACGCUCUACUAUAUUAUAAUAUCAAAUUAUUAUAGUAAUAACUAUUAUAAUAACAUCAAUUAUAAUAAACAAUUCUAUCUCAUUCACAGUCCUAUAUACUCAUGCUUUUUAAUUAACUUUUCCAUGGUUAUAUAGAAACUGCCAAAUAACGCACGUCCAGCAUUCGCAGAACACCCCUUCUGCAUACUAUGCAGAUUUGUAGUUGUCCCACAAUCAUGGAGUCGCUUUUUCUUUUUUUCUUUUUCUUUUCCAUUUCCGUCUUCUUUUCAAAUCGAUCCGCUCCUUUUCAAAUCAAUCCGCUCCUUUUCCG